AUGAACGAAGAGGAUGACUACGAGAAUGGCGGCAGCUCCGGCGAGGAGGAGGAGCAGGAAGAGGGCGAUGCCAUGGAUGUAGACGAAGAGGAGGGCGACGAUGACCAAGACGACGGUGACAACGACGAUGACGACGCAGAAGGGGAUAAUGACAAUGACGACGACGAUCAGGACCAAGAUCAGGACCAGGACGAAGCCGACAGCCCUUCGCAGCGGCCGCGCAACAGUAUUUCAAACGGUGGCGCAUCUGGACAAGCGGAUGGAAACCCCUCUGUUACCCUCACUUCCCCCAGCCCACGAGCGGGGGCCUCGGGCGUUUUGGGCAAUCUACCCUUCCACCCCAGUGUACGGCAAGAGGCCUUGAACGCGCCCUUCUACGACAUCAUACCGACCAUCGCGGCACCGCAUAGUACCUCGAUCAACGCGAUUACAGCAACCCCGGAUAUGCGAUGGGUCUUCAGUGGAGGUGCAGACGGAUAUAUUCGGAAAUUCAAUUGGGUAGAUACGGCUAACGGGAAGCUUGCUCUGACUGUAGCCCAGCGACAUCCGUUUGUGGACUCGGUCACAAAGGCUGGCGUCUUGCUCUCAUACUGGGAGAAUGAAGACACUGCAGGAGGGUCAGAGACUUUGUCCCCCGUCUAUUCACUUGCAGUACACCACCAAGCGCUGUGGCUGCUGUCGGGUCUGGACUCGGGCGGUAUAAAUCUACAAUCCGUGCGCCACCAGGAAGGGACACGGAUACACACGCUCAAGAACCACACCUCGGCUGUUUCGGUCUUGACCUUGUCGCAGGAUGAGACGUCUGUACUGAGUGGCAGCUGGGAUAAGACUAUCAACGACUGGGACCUGAAUACUGGACAAGUCAAAAGGAAGUUUGAAACUAGCGGUAGUCAGAUCUCCGCUAUCGAACAGCGACCGCUAUCUACACUACCCAUACCACAAGAUACGGAAACCCUUCCUCAAGCCAACGGAACCUUUUCCUCAAACAACUCCGCGCGGCCCCGGGCCAACGGCAGUCUUCCGAACGGCCUCGACACAAAGCCAGCAGCGCAAAAGGACGAGGGUGCUGAAGAUGCUCAAGGUUCUCCGGAUGACUCGCUAUUUGGAGACAAGGACCAGGACUCUUUAUUCGGCGAUGGCCAGGAAAAUAAUCUCUCAGCAACAAUGCCUUCAUUCGGAGACGACGACGACGAGUUCUCAAGAGCCAUCGCAAACGGCAUACAGCAGGCGGACGAAGACGCCAACGUCGAUCUAGACAUGAUGGACAUGGGCGGCCCAGUUCAGGAGCCCCAAGAAGCGGCCAACGAAGUACUGAAGGAGCCUCCGGCUGCUGCUGAAGCACAGCCGGCAACGAACGGAACCGCAGAGUCGCAACCCAAUGGCACCGCUAAUGGCCUGCCACACGCAGAGGACAUCGAAAAGCCUAUCAACACAGUAAGUCAGACUGAGCAACCAGCUUCGUCCGAAACAACCUUCAUGGACGCCUCGAUCGACGGCACACUACGUAUCUGGGACCGCCGACAACCAAACCCCGUUGCGCGUAUAACACCCCCGCGCAACACCCCGCCUUGGUGUAUGAACGCCUGCUGGUCGCCAGAUGGCAACUUCAUCUACGCGGGUAGGAGGAACGGUACCGUGGACGAGUACAGUCUACACAAGAGUCUACGGGAACCAAGACGAACAUUCAGGUUCCCCAGCGUCAGCGGUGCCGUAAGUGCCGUGCGAGCAAUGCCUAAUGGCAGACACCUAGUCUGCGCCUCAUACGACAUUUUGCGCAUGUACGAUCUCUCACAUGACGACGGCGGAACCAAAGUAGGCGCUGCUGCUACCCCCUUCCUCAUCGUUCCUGGUCAUCGAACGGGUGUCAUUUCUCAGCUUUACCUCGACCCCACGUGCAACUUUAUGAUCUCGACAGGUGGGAACAGAGGAUGGGAGGGCGCUUCUACAGAGGUGAUGCUCGGCUACGAGAUUGGUAUUGGAUCUUAG